AAAAAUAUACACCAAAUGGAAUUUAGUGUUUAAAGUUUUUUUUACAUUUAUCAAUGGCAUUUGGGAUAAUCGUAGUGUGACUAUCGUUUGUUUUCACUCAUUUGACGCAUUAUUAAAGUAUAACCUGUUAAGAUAAAGUAUUACUAUGAAGAUGAUCAACAGACAAGUUGAAGUGUCCGACAGAACGCUGCAUAACACUAUUAUUCAGGUUAUAAUUUAACCCUUUGACUGCAGUUUGUGCCUAAAGGCACUUUGUACUUGUGGGCGCUGUAGUAAAGCGUAUACUGUAGGUGCUUAUAGGUGCACGGAAAAUUUUAUGGACCAUAAUUCCAACAAAUCUCAUUUGAAUCAGACUUAUUUUUUUAUAUCCUUAAAAUGAAAAAUUGUAAUAAUAAAAUGAUCAGAAAAAAUACAGACAAAUAUGACACAACAGAUGAUUCAGAUUCAUGUUCUGAUUCAGAAGCUACAGUAAAGGAAACAAAAAAUAAAUUAUCCUGGAUACAGAGAGAUUUUCAACCUGUAAUUCACGAAUUUGAUGACAAGAAUAGUGGAAUCAAAGCAAGUGUAAACAAGCAAUCAUCUAUUCUCGAUAUUUUUCAAAUAUUCUUUUCAGAAGAACUUGUAGAAUUCAUUGUCGAACAAAGUAACAAAUAUUAUGAAAAUGGUACAAAAGACGAUGUAACUACUGCUCCCGAAAUGUAUAAUUUUUUGGCAGUUACCAUGUUAGUGGCACGAAUGCAUAAGACAUCUUUAUCAGAAUAUUGGAGUAAGGAUAAGCUGACAAAAACAGAGUUGUUUGAAGAAAUAAUAUCAAGAGAUCGAUAUACAUUAUUACUAAAAAUCCUGCAUUUUUGUGAUAACAACAUUGAAAAUUAUGAUCCAAUUAUGAAAAUACACCAUAUUCUUGAAAAAUUAAAAACAUCCUUUAAAACUGCAUUUUAUCCAUAUGAAAAAUUAUGUAUAGAUGAUAGUUUGUUAUUGUUCAAAGGAAGAUGUUAUUUCAAACAAUAUAUACUGACAAAGAAAAGCAAGUUUGGGAUCAAAUCCUUUGUCUUGUGUGAUAGCAAGACAGGCUAUAUUCAAGAUUUAAUUGUAUAUUCCAAGGCAGAUAUGAUAAUGUCUGAAGAUAUACGAUCAAAAUCAAUAGGAAAGUCUGGACAGAUAAUAAUGACACUUCUUGAACCAUAUCUUGGAAAAGGUCACACACUCGUGACUGAUGAUUGGUACAGCAGUCCCAGUUUAUUCCUAGAGUUACAUAAAAACUUAACCAAUGCAUAUGGAAUGGUAAAAAAAGACAGGUUGGAUAUACCGGAAUUGAAUAAAAAAAUAAAGAAAGGAGAAUACGUAUUUCGUUCAACAAAAAAUGUAUUAGCGUUGAAAUGGAUAGAUGAAAAGGAAGUGUGGAUGAUUUCCACCUAUCAUUGUCUCAAUACCCCAACAGAAGAAAAAAUAAUUAAACCACAAUGUAUAAUUGAUUAUAAUAAUACAAUGAGGGUGGUUGACAAAGUUGACCAGAUUUUAUGUACUCUGAAUUCUACCUGUAAAAGUUUAAAAUGGUACAAGAAAUUCUUUUUUCAUGUAUUUGAUUUGGCUGUGUAUAAUACAUUUAUUUUAUAUAACUAUGUAACUGAAACAAACUUAUCUUUUAGUAAAUUUCAUUUAUAUUUAAUAAAACAAAUUUUACUAAAAUACAACUCAGGUAAAAGUACUGGUAAUCAAUUCGUUUGAUGCAAAGGCAUUUUCUCCAUACAUAAACAAUGCAGCAAUUCGGAAAAACGCAAGGCGCAAAUGUGUAGUGUGUAGAAAACAUGACAGAAAAAGUGAGACACAUUACAAAUGC